CGGGGAUGUUCCACAUAAUAAUACAUGCAUAUCUCUAAGCGGGGGGUAGGUACAUACAACUAUAAUACAAGUAACAGUACUUUGACAAUCUAAGUUCUAUAGAGAAUCAUUAUGGGGAUCUGGCACAAUGAUUAGUACACAGUACCUUGAGCCAAGUACCUGGCCUAUAUAGCCAUUCCGUACAUAAGUAGCCAAAUUGCAUACAUACUUGUACUAUACUGCUUACAAAAAUGUGUCUAGUGUAGGUGGUUUAGGUAUUUAUAGCCUCAUGUCCCAAACCGUGGAGUGUGAGACUGAGUUAGGGACCGAGACAGGGACCCAAAUAUAGCAGAUCUCUAACCUACUGUACCAACCUUUGAAGAAUUAAAACUAAGACAACAUUCAAAAGACUUGGUAAAAACGUACCUAAGUACAUAAACCUUACUUCACAAGUCUUUUCUAAUAUCACGCUCAACAUCGGCACUCAUCGCAGCCAGAGGCAUGUCUGAAGAUUCUUCAUCUGAAAUUACACCUAACGAGGGUGAAAGGUUGACAGAAGUCGUCAAGGAUUGGUCAUUAGCCCAUGGUUUGACCGUCCGACCACCUCCAGCUGUUAUUGCCGCUGAGGCUGAUCCAGCGGGAAUACUGGCAACUGCCGUUCCCGUUACUCUAUUCCCGAGCCCCUUUCCUCGAGUAUGCUUCGACCAGGGAAUCGCUGUCCAGGAAACUUACAAUGAGCUAUAUGCGUCCAUCAGCCAAGAUGAAGCUUUUCUCGCUCAAGUUGUGAAAGAAAUUGGUGAUAGUGACGACUUUAUAACAGAGUUAUGGAAGGUUCAUAUCAGAGUCAAGGAAGAAGGUUACGUCCAGCACAAAAGUCUCGGUCUCUUCAGAUCCGAUUAUAUGGUUCAUCAAGAUAGUAAAGGGUCUACUCCACAGAUCAAACAGGUCGAGUUCAAUACCAUCGCUUCCUCCUUUGGAGGCCUAUCGUCACGAACAUCAUCACUUCACAAGUUUUUAGCUUCGACGGAGUAUCCAUUCUUGGAGAGUCCUGUAGGGAGAGGAUCUUGGCAAUUGCCUGAUAAUGACAGUGCUACCAGGCUCGCUUCAGGUAUAAAAGAGGCGUUUAUCCAAUACGGGCCCUCGUCUACUAGCCAUCCGACCUGUGUUGUCUUUCUUGUCCAGGGAGGCGAGAGAAAUAUAUUUGACCAACGUCAUCUCGAAUACGAACUCCAACGGUCUGGGGACGUACACAUUCCCGUAUUCCGACUUCCCUUUUCAGAAGUUUUGGAGCACACAACACUUGCCGAGGGCUCGGGUCGUCAACUCUUAUAUCACCCGCCUCAACUACCUUCCCAUACGUUUGAGGUGGCCGUCAUAUACAUGAGAUCAGGGUAUGGACCGUCGGACUACCCCAACCAGUCAGCUUGGGAAGGUCGAUAUCAUUUGGAAAGAUCAGCAGCCAUCAAGUGCCCGACAGUACUGACACAGGUCGCCGGCACGAAGAAGGUCCAGCAAAUCCUAGCAACGCCCGAGACGCCCUCCAACCCACCCAUACUACCGCGUUUCGUCGUAGCCAAAGACACCGUAUCCUUAUCGAACCUAAAGAACACCUUUACGAAUAUUUAUCCCUUAGAUGACUCCGAAUCCGGACUUAAGGCCCGAAAGAUCGCCGCCGACCCCGAGCUAUGCAAAGGCUACGUCCUCAAGCCACAGCGGGAGGGGGGUGGUAACAACAUAUACCGGUCUGCGAUCCCGCCGUUCCUCAAGUCCAUACCGGAAUCUCAUUGGCCAUCCUACAUCCUAAUGGAGCUGAUCACGCCGCCGCCCGUCAAGAACACGAUCCUGCGCAACGGCAAGCUAGAGCACGGCGGCGUUAUCUGCGAGCUGGGCAUAUACGGAACCUGCAUCUGGAACCAGCAGUCUGGGGAGAUACUGCAUAACAAACAGGCAGGCUAUCUCCUCCGCACGAAGGGAGACCAAAGCGAGGAAGGCGGCGUAGCUGCUGGGUUUGGAUGUAUGGACAGCUGUAGCUUGGUUGAUGUAGUUGGCGGUGCGAUCUAGCUGAGGAGUUUCCAUCUUGAAGUACAUUCAGUAGGUAUUCGUUGACAUAGCCUGUUUCAGGACACAUACGUAUACCGUAGUUAACCGAUGUGCUUUACCUACAUGUAUGGCUAUAGAUAGCUAUGUUAUUCUCAAGAAUGGCCAAUCUACAGUUGUUGAAUCAUCCUACCGGGGAAAAGGCUGGGUGAUCUCCGUCUUCGUUAACCAUCUAUACUAAACCUAGUCUAGGU